UUUGAGGAACAACUCUUGGCUUGGCACUGCAAUAUGAGAGUUUCCGCAACUACAAGCCUUGGUAUCAACUUUUCACGGACCUUCACUUUCCUCACAUUCUUUUCCAAUACCGUUCUCUCCUUGGAUACCUUAACUGCAACUCAAUCUCUUGGAAGUAACCAAACUCUUGUGUCUCAACAGAAAGUGUUUGAGUUUGGCUUCUUUAACACUAGCAAUUCCACAUGGUACUUGGGCAUAUGGUACAAGGACUUUCCCGACAAAACAUUGGUUUGGGUGGCAAAUAGAGACACCCCACUUCGAAAUUCCAAUGGAACUCUCAAGAUUGGAGACAAGGGAAACCUUGUUCUUCUUAAUCAAACAGGAAACUCCAUAUGGUCACCACCAAAUCAAACCACUGGUACCAACCCAAUUCUUCAGCUUUUGGAUACUGGGAACUUGAUUCUCAUAGAAGCAAACGAGAAAAACACCUCCAAUUAUCUGUGGCAAAGCUUUGAUUAUCCAACAGAUACAUUGUUACCAGGCAUGAAGCUUGGCUGGAACCUUGACACUGGGGUGGAGCGCCGCAUAACAUCAUGGAAGAGCCAAGAUGAUCCAUCAAAUGGGGAUGCUUAUUUCAGCCUAGAAUAUCAUGGGAUCCCAGAUGUGUUCUUUUGGAACAAAAAGGAAAAAAUUUUUAGAACCGGACCAUGGAAUGGUGAGAGGUUUGGAGGAGUACCAGUGCUAAACGUAAUUGCUGUUCUUAAUGAUAAAGUAGUUGCUAAUGAACAUCAUGUGUAUUAUGUCCCUUCAACACUCAACCAAUCUCGUUUGUCAAGACUUGUUGUGAAUUGGACAGGUUCAAUUGAACGCUAUGCAUGGAUAGAGAGCAGCAAAACGUGGAACAAGAUAUGGUUUGCACCUGCUGGAGAUUGUGAUCAUUAUGGAUUGUGUGGUCCCUUUGGUAUCUGUGACUCAAAUGGUUUCCCUGUGUGCAAGUGUAUUCAAGGAUUCAAUGUCAAGAAUCAGCCGCAAUGGGACUUGAGGAAUUUUUCUGAUGGGUGUGUUAAGAAGACAAAAUUGGAAUGUGGGAAGGACAGGUUUUUGCACAUGACAAACGUGCAGUUGCCAGAUACCACGAGGGUGUUUCUCAACAAUAGCAUGACCUUAUUGGAAUGUCGAAACACGUGCCUCAACAAUUGCUCUUGCACUGCCUAUGCUAAUGCAGAGAUUACUGGUGGUGGCUCUGGUUGCGUGAUGUGGAGUGAUAAUCUCGUAGACGUGAGGCAGUUUUCCGAACUUGGCCAAGAUCUCUUUGUCAGAUUAGCAGCUUCUGAUGUAGAUGACAGUGGCACUGCCACAGGAUCUGCUGGUGGCUCUAACAAGAAUGUAGGAAAGAUUGCAGGCAUUGUAGUUACUGUAACAUUUAUAAUUUUGGGAGUGAGUAUAUUCAUUUUGUGGAGGAAAAGGAAAUUGCAGAGUACAUCUAAAGGGAAUACUGGGAAGAGUGGUAAUUUUGAAAGGGGUGAGACAACGCUGUUACCUGACACAAUAUUUUCAAAUGAUGGAGAACAUUCAGAUGAAAGGAGUAUGGAUGACAGGGAGUUGCCAUUGUUCGAUUUUAAUACCAUAAAAGAGGCUACAAACUUCUUCUCUUUAGCAAAUAAACUUGGAGAAGGAGGCUUUGGAAGUGUUUACAAAGGUAGGUUGGUGAAUGGCCAAGAAAUUGCCGUUAAAAGGUUAUCAACAAGCUCCGGGCAAGGAAAUGAAGAAUUCAAGAAUGAGGUUAGAUCAAUUGCAAAGGUUCAACAUAGAAAUCUUGUAAGACUGUUUGGUUGCUGCAUUGAGAAGGACGAGAAGAUGUUGAUCUAUGAGUACAUGGAAAAUAAUAGCCUAGACUCUAUUUUAUUUGACAAAGCAAAGAGUUCCAAACUAGACUGGCCAAUGCGCUUCAACAUUAUAUGUGGAAUAGCUAGAGGACUUCUUUAUCUCCAUCAUGAUUCCAGGUUUAGAAUUAUCCAUAGGGAUCUCAAGGCAAGCAAUAUUCUACUUGAUAGAGAAAUGAAUCCAAAGAUAUCAGAUUUUGGAAUUGCUAGAAUUUUUGACAAUGAUCAAACACAAGCGAAUACAAGGAGAGUUGUUGGAACAUAUGGUUAUAUGUCACCUGAAUAUGCAUUGGGUGGAUACUUUUCAGUAAAAUCUGAUGUUUUUAGUUUCGGGGUUCUUGUACUGGAGAUCAUAAGUGGCAAGAAGAACAGAGGAUUUUAUUCCUCAGAGGACAUAAAUCUUCUUGGGCAUGCUUGGAGGCACUGGAAAGAUGAGAGUGCGUUGGAACUGAUAGAUUCAUCAUUUGCUGAUUCUUUUUCAGUCUCUGAAGUUCUAAGAUGCAUACAUGUUGGGCUUAUAUGUGUCCAAGAACGAACAGAAGACAGGCCCACAAUGUCUUCUGCGGUGUUGAUGUUGAACAGCGAAACUGCAUCAUUGCCACAGCCCAAACACCCUGGUUUCAUCCUUGCAAAGGGUCCUAAAGAAACUGAUUCUUCUUCAGGUGUUCAAGACGAAAUGCACACGAUAAACCAAGUAACAGUUACAAUAGUAGAUGGCAGGUAGGAGAUUAAGUUUGACAUGUAUAUUAAGUAUAGAAUUUUAUAUUUUUAUCAAUUUUGAGUUGUAUUAGCCAAUGGUCAUGAAUUAUAUAUAAUAAAUACACUAGUUAGAU